GAGCGCGCAGGUGGAACAGACUGUCCAGGACCCAGCCAGCCUGUUCGCUGUUCUGCGGAGGUGACUUGCGGGUUCUAUACUCCGCUGUGCGCUCACCCUGCCCCACCCAGGCCCGCCGAAAGCGCGAGGGUAUUAGGGGCAUCUCCUGCCGAGGCUCCUAGCUAAUCGCUAAUCGCUAAUCAUUUAUGGGUUGUGUAACCCUAAACCGGUCAUCACCUGCUCCCUGCUUUGUGCUGCUUCUCCUGGGACCCACCCGUUAAACGGGCCUCCUGCUCCCGUUAUCCACCACCCCAUGGGACAUAGAGGCGAAGGGAGACCAGCCCUGCGGGUGGCUCAUCUAGAAAGUAAGUGACAGUUUGUCAGCCUUUCGGCUAAGAUGGAGUGCAGAAGGACGAAUUCAGCCGCCCCAAGAGCAUCCCCUAAUCCUCCUUCACCAGGCUGCAUCUCAGACACUGAGACCCCAGGGAGUGAUAACCUGUCUAGGGUCACCCCAAUGACCAGACGGAUAAGAACCCAGCUUCCUCCUUCUAGCCCAGGGCUCUCCCCACUCCAUGUGCAUGUAAAUACAGAAGCCCCCAUGGUCUCCUGGCACUUGGUCACUUUGUGGAGGGUCAGGUGGCUGUGCAGGUGUCUUCAGGUUGUUUCGUUUGGGGUUUUGACUCCUUGAGAUGAUAAACAAAGCCUUUGCCCAAAUCCCCUCCCUCCACACUUCUCAAAGCACGUUUCUUUCAUAAACUUCACCUAUGAGCACUCAAAAUACUUUCCUACAGGGAGGCAAGACAAGAAACCCUGUCCUAUCCAUGAGGAAAAUGUGGCCCAGAGCGGAGAAGUGGCCUAACCAAGACACGUGGCUAGAUAUGAACUAAACAUGGAGCAGGAGCGCAGCCAGGAUUCCCGUUCGGGGUGUUCACCAACUACAGGGUCCCAGAGUGGUAGACAUAACCGGUCAGGGACUGCAGGGGUCAUCGGUGAGGGUGGGAGAUAAGGACGGCUUCUGAAGAAGGGCUUGAUUGUCUAUUUCAAGGCAAGACCCCUCCAGAGCAGGAGCUCUGUCUUCACAAGGAUUACGAGGAGCUCUGUCAUCAGUGGCUCCCCUGGAAAGGGAGCUGUGGAGCUCAGAGAGAGGAACAGAAUUCCCAGCACUGCUGACUGCCACCCGCCGGACCAACAGGGACCCAGAGAUCGUCCCCUGAUUCUUCCUAUACCUCAAUUCCUAUCACUAUGGAGGCAACCAAUGGGACUGAGACCUGGUACGAGAGCCUGCACGCUGUGCUGAAGGCACUAAAUGCCACUCUUCAUAGCAACUUGCUCUGCCGGCUGGGACCAGAGCCAGGGCCAGACAACCAGACCAAAGAGCGGCAGGCCAGCCUCCCUAGCCGCGAUGACAACUCCUACAUGUACAUUCUCUUUGUCAUGUUCCUCUUUGCUGUCACCGUGGGCAGCCUCAUCCUGGGAUACACCCGCUCCCGCAAAGUGGACAAGCGCAGUGACCCCUACCACGUGUACAUCAAGAACCGUGUAUCUAUGAUCUGAUGCAAGGUGGCCAAGGAUGGAGGAAGAUCAAGACACAUAGGAUUGUUUGCUGGGGCCUCUGGGGCUCAGCUGCGGACAUCAGGCCUCAGUAUCCCCAUCUGGAAGAGCAAGAAGAAGCAGUGCUAAGGGAGGUGGGAGGGGAGGGGCUGGGCCUUGUGGUUAAAGAGUUCUCCAAGAUGGCCUUCAUAAACACUGGGAGCCCAGGAAUGAACACCUAGAGUUAGCAAAAUCUCUGGCCCAGUGGCUGGGCCGUGGGCGCCCUGGGGCUUGGGAGAAGAAGAGGAAGUUGUAGCAGAGGGACAUGAAACAGGAAGAUGCUUGAGGACACUUUAUGUUUUAUCUUCAACAACCACGAGAAGCAGUGAUGAUUAUCCCUCGUCACAGACAGGAAAUCCGAGUCAUCCGACUGACUUACGUUUGUUCCCAUCUGAUGUUCUUCAACACGCUGGAUGUUUGUGAUGGUAACCUCUCUGUGAGAAAAGCAUGGCAGGUACCAUGCUACCUGUUUGGGUCGGAACAGCGUCAUGGUUGGAGUCCAGGAACUCUGGGCUCCUUACCUGGUGCUUUUCCAAACUCAAUGCCACACAGAGUGGAUCCGGGCCUGAAACUUGUACAAUUCUGGAGACUGUCUUUAAGAGAAAGAAUUUAAAAAUAUCUUACUUUUGCAAUUAAAACAGUACAUCACCAUGGGGCCAGCCCCGUGGGCUGGUUUAAAGGAUCGGGGUCCCAUAUGGCAGACUACAGUUUGAAUCCUGGCUUUGGUGGCUUGAACAUCAUGCCAGGCACAUAUGCAUACAUAC